AUGAAAAUUUCCGCUACUCCUUUAAAUCCAGUCACACCCGCAUGCCCUGCAAGACCAGCUGCUGCGUCAGAUCAGCCCAACAAAAUUCUUGAUUUAAAUCAAUUUUCUGCUGUUGAUUUGGCUAGCCAAGAUGCAUCAAAAACCGAAACCACUACCAGUAAUUUGGCCAACCCAAGUGUGAAAAGGUCAAUGAAGGUUCGACUUAAAGUUGGUUUUGAUAAAUCUAAAAGGGUAAAAGAUGAACUUUUGAGUGGUCUUGGACCACUUACUUCUUCUUCCUCAACGGGGAUUAAUGCCGAUGAUUUUGUGCCACCAGUUGACUCCCAUGAUAACCGUUUUGGUUCUGCUAGCACUAUACUAUGUGAUAUGACCUCUAUCUUUGUCCCUGGAAACCAGCUAGUGUCACCGCUAAAUGAGAGUCUACUUUGCUUACCAAAAGUGGAAAGAAAUAGAAGUGCUUCCAUAUUUGUUAAUGUUUCAUCUUCUGUUCUCAGAGAAGUGAAGCAGAUGGAAGGAAAGGAAGUAAGUUCACAAGGUAAAAGUAAAUCUGUUGUAGGAACUAAAAACAAGAACUGUCCUGGUGCUGAGGGUGAUAAGGCUACAUUUUCAGAAAAAGAUGCGAAAACAGAAUCCCUUGACAGAAAACAGGGUUUGAACAAUGAUUUCAAAGUCAAGCUGUCAUCCGGCUCUACAUCUAAAACAAAUCAAGCAGCAGCCAGGAAAGUCAUACCUGUAAAGAAACGAGAAACGCAAAGAGAAUUGAUUGAAGACAAAUUGUUCAGCCCUGAUUUUACCAGCAAGGAGUUAGAUGGAAGCUAUGAACAGAAACAUGUCAAAAAGCUUUCACUUGAUUCAGAGGGAAGUGGCGGGAUCAAAGGCAAUGUGGUUUGUUCAGUUUAUAGAAAUGACCCUGAUGUUUUUAACCAUGAGACAUGUCGUUUUGAAGAGAAAGAUUCUCCUACAGCCAUCAAACAUGAACAACAUGAAGCAAAAGAUUCUCAAAGUGUUGAGAAAUGGCCAUCUGCAAGAAAUAUUAAGUUAAUGGGAGUUCCAAAGGUCAGAAUAUCUAAGGAAAACUCGAUGUCCAGUAUCUCUGGAGCAGAGAAAGACAAAAAGAGUGGUCUAAAAGAUAUUGUGAGGGUGCGUAAUAGCUAUAAAGAGAUACUUGAAAGUAGUGUGGACGACCAUAUACAAACACAACCAUCAGAAUUGCCUACUGGCAAUGAGGCGGUAAAAGAACAGGUUGAGAAAAAUGAUCUUUCUGUGCCCUUCCUUCAGCAAGCAGUUGGGGGUUCAGAAGUUCCUUCAGACCAUUGGGUAUUAUGUGAUCGUUGUGAGAAAUGGAGGCUUCUGCCUAUUGGUAUCGAUCCAGAGAAUCUGCCUGAUAAGUGGCAGUGUAGCAUGUCAACAUGGCUGCCUGGCAAGAACUAUUGUGAUAUCAUUCAGGAUGAAACCACAAGGGCAGUUCAGGAAAUGAAUCUUCAUAUACUUUCUCAGAAUCAGAACAGCCUUCAAGUUAAUAAAGUGCAUGCUGACCAUAUGAACUCAAAUGUUAAUUCAGAGAUCAUGCCUAGUAGAUUAAAGAAGAACAAUCUCAGACCUGAAGUUAGCAACCCCAGUCUGAUAGAAACUUCACAUUCAUCAAUGGAGUUUAGACAUAAAAGAAAAAGUUCGAGUCAUGCAAACCAGCCAUUGUGGGAGAAAGAUAAAAAACCUGUUGAUGCAGGAAGACAUGUUGCUAAAGUGAAUGGAGGUGAUCCGAUGACUAAAAAAUUGAAAGUAAAGACAGAGUUUGAUGGGUAUGAAACUGUAACUUUAAAUACGAUCAAGACAGAAAGUGAGAGAGAUGUGGAAAAAGAAAGCGAGCAACUGUACUCUAGCCAUGGAGGUCGUUGGCCAAGGGAAAGGUUGGUAGUUACUGUCAAGAAAGAGGCAGAAUGUACUCGCUCCUCCUUGCAAAGUAUAUUGACAGAUAAAAAAUUGGAAAUGCAUGCAAAGAAGAGAAAGUUGAAAGACUGGCAGGAAAGUCAACAUUACUCAAACAUAUUGGAAAGCAGUGAAGAUAGAAUAGGUAGUAGGAAUGAGAAGAGAUUAAAGACUUCUAACAUUGAGGUAAAAGAUCGAGGAAAAACAAUGAAAAUCAAGCUAUCGGCUAGUAAAGAGAACUUGGUUGACACAAGUCACGAGAAGGAUACAUAUAUAGAAAAAGUGGCUCCUAAGGAUUUGGAAUCUAAGCGAAUUUUUCUUGCUGCUACUUCAAGUUCUUCAAAAGUUUCUGGUUCUUGUAGACGGGCCAGUUUUCAAGAAAGGAAAGGGUCACCUGUAGGGUCAGUUUCAUCAUCUCCUAUCAUAUCUCUUAAUUUGGGCAAGCUUUCACCUGCUGGAAGAACCAUCACAAGAAAAGCUCAUGCGGAAAGUGGUACUGGGAUUGAGAUUCCAAGAAAAGACAUAUGCGGAAGUCAAAGAUCUGGCGGCAAAGUGGAUCCCAAGCAUAAAGAAGCCUCCAAGUUUAGAAAUAGUCUUAGGAUGAAGCAUGACACUGAGAUUGUUCCUCGUAAAAUUUGCAUGAAAGGCAUUGGUAUUGGUUCUAUGAUUCCACAGAGUUCUGGGAAGGGAUCUUUACCAAUGUCUAAGGAUAAAGAUGAAAGACCGACUGUUCAAAAAAUAAAGCUAAAGGCACCUGAUUCUUUGCCUGCUCAAGAACCGUUUCCAAAUAAAAUCAGAAAGGUUGAAGUGGAUGUUGAAGUAGUAGGUGAUGUGAGACGGAAAUGUUUAAUUGAUUCUGGCGUUGGCAAGAAGAUUCCUAGAAAACGAACAAGUGAAAGUCUAGGAGAUGAGAAACCGACAUUAUUGACAGAGCAUACUGAAUGUGAAUUUAAAUUGGGUGAAACGAAUAUUGUAGAAAUGACUUCAACUGUAAAAAAUGAUUUGAGAAAAGCAUUUGUGGGUGACAUAUCAAAGAGGAGGGACUUAAACGAGGUAGAGCCAAAAGCGGAGGCUAGCCCAUCCUCUGCAGCUAAGCAAAGUGAAUCAGCUAUUGUUUGCCAUCCGCCAUCUAGAUCCUCGGAAACAACCAGUUUGGAUGUUUCUGGUCAAAAUGAGUCAAAGAUUAUGAAACAUCCAGGAGAUGCUGCUAAUCAGAAUGCUAAAACUCUUGUGACUGAUUCCGGUACCAUGAAGGAUCUUGGUGUUAUUCAUUCCUUGAAGGAGCAUGCAUCUAGCCAAGCUGCUUUGACUGCCUUUAAAAGAGCCGAGGAGUCAAAGGACUACGCUGAUCGUUUAAAGAUUUCUGGAUUUGAUUAUGAGUGCACAAAUGCUUUCCUUGACUGUGCGUUGAGGUUUCUUUAUGCCGCUUCACUACUGGAGGCCUGCACCACUGAUUUUAGCAAAUCCAAAGGUGUGGAUCCAAUAUAUGUUUAUAGCACUUCCGCCAGACUUUCCAAGGUUUGUGCUCAAGAAUUUGAGAAACAGAAAGAGAUGGCUUCUACAGCAUUGGCUUAUAAAUGCAUGGAAGUGGCAUGUAUGAGGAUAGUCUAUUGCAAGAGUUUGGUGACCAGACAAGACUUGCAAACAAGUAUGCAAAUGGUUACUCAGGGUGAGUCACCAUCUUCUUCUGCAUCUGAUGUUGAUAAUCUUAACAAUCAAGCAAUGGCGGAUAAGACCAUAUUGUCUAAGAUCGUUGCACAUCCUGGAAACCAUUCCGUUGCUCGAAACCAAGCUAACUUCACGAGGCUGUUUGAUUUUACAAGCGACGUCAGUCUAGCGAUGGAGGCUUCUAUGAAAUCACAGAAUGCUUACAAAGCUGUAAGUUCAGUCCCACCAGAAGUUCAGAAAAAAGAAUUGAUUGCUUCAAUCAAAAGAGUUGUUGACUUCAGCUUUCAAGAUGUAAAAGAAGUUGUAUUAUUGGUACAAAAUGCACGUGAGGCCAUUAAUCGUGAAGGCUUCAAAGGCAUAAACAGGCAGUAAUUAGCAGCAGAGCUGUAUAUAACAUUUCGGCAUCAUUUUUGACCUAUCUGUACAAAACAAGAUCGGGGAUUACAACAUUAAAUUUAAAAGUUAUAUCAUUUUUGACCGAGGUAUAAAUUCACCCUU